AUGGCUGAUGACGCGUGGGUCGAUCUCGAGCCCGUUCUCGUCGAGCUCUCCCCGAACCUAGCCUCGGGUGAGCUCGUGCACGACGAUGCGUUCUCCUUAUUCGACGCCAUGAGCGCUCUGGACGUCGGAGAUCCCAAGAUGGACGCCGGCGCGCGCGCGCGCGAGGUCGUCGCCGUCGAGGAAAUCAUCUCCAGCGGCCGCGCGCCGCUCGAGCUGGAAGCAAACGAUCUCGUGCUCGAGGCCGACGCGUUGUUGGCGUGCGAGUGCGCUUUCAGGAGCGGGCACGCGGCGGCGACGACGCUGUGGAGCAACGCUCGCGUCGCCACGCGCGCGAACAGGACGGCGAGCGGGACGGCGAGCGCGCUCGAGAAGUGUCUCUCCUCGCUCGUUUCGAGCACCGUCGCGAGCGCGCGCAGGGUGUUAGAGAUCGUGAAGCUCGGUGACGUGUACGAAGAGGAAGAUUUCGCGGUCCAAGGGGAGUUGUUGGAGCGCGACGGCGAAGCGGGCGAGACGAGCGGGUCGGACGGCGACGAGAGGCGACGCGCGCUCGAUGCUUUGGAGAAAGACACGUCGAUCGACGCGACGUGUAAGGCGGCUAUUCGAGUAAGGUUGGAGUUUAGGGAGGAACAUGGGGAGAUGAUGGCGUUACUCGCAUCGUCCAUCGGGAACAAGGGCGACGGCGUGGAGAAGGCGCGAGAGAAGGCAAAGCGCGCAAAGGCGUGCUUGGAGAAGAUGCGAGAGCGCUACGCCAACGUCGAGGACGCCGACGCGCUGGAUUGGGAUCCGAGCGGUGGUAGUUUUUCAGAUGGCAUGAGUACGCACCUCCUCGGUGGGGCACCGCCGAGGCAGGUUACGUUUCUGAGCAGACGGCGAGCGAUAGAUUACUUUGACAAGGAAAUCGACGACGUCUUGGUCGCCGCAGACGUGUUCAAAUUUCGCGCUCGCGGGAGCGUUCCCACGAUUGAAGCCAUUCUCGAUUCGUUGGAGACAUUACAGGACGUGCGACCUGGGGCGGUCGCGCUCGGGCUCGUCGCCGCAGAACUCUUGCACGAUCAGAAGCUGUGCGGCGUUGAAGUGGGCAAGGUUGGCCUCCAGUCGGCUUGGACGCACAUAUGCGUCGAGAACGCGUCACUAGAGAAUUCAUUCGCGCACUCAAAAGAGAAUUUGGAUAAGUUUAAGGACGAGUGCGUGCAGCCGCUGACGAUUUUGGUUCGCUCGUUUUGCGUCAACCGUGCACGUUUCCGUCGGUGUCUCAGGAGAUCGCUCGGCGAACUUAGUCACUUACAAGCCGCCGCCGACGCCUUGGACGCCGCUGAGGACGUGGCUCUGGCGCAACUAUCUGACAGUUUGAACGUGCAGAUCUUACAAUCUCUGAAAUCGCCCUUUCUCGCGUGGACGGAGCACCUCACCGCGACGGUGCAACUCAGGCACAUCGAGCUUGGAUUUUCUCUGAACCUGUACCUCCCGCACGAGUAUCCGAUGAUUUACUUCUACAUGCAGAACUUGCAAAUCUUGCAAACGAAUGAGAUGAAGCGACGUCUUCCUCUGAUCAUGCGGAACGCGGGACCGGAGAAGAACGUGAUGGACUCCGAUGACUUCUCUCUCGUCCAGUUCAACAUGCUCAAGCUCUUGAUGUACAUCGCGUUGCAGUACACCUUCAUGGCGCUUAUCGAGCGCGGAAAGGUGCGAAAAUGCGAGACUCCGUUCAGCGGCGAAGAUCUGCGCUACUGGCAGCGCUUCAGCACGUUUCAGACCGUCGAUGUGCCGCAGGCAAGACUGUACGAGGACUACGUCGCCAUCGUCGCCAGCAACGUGGCGAGCCGCAAGGCGAACAUGAAGAAACAGGGACAUCCCGAGGCGGACUCCGAUAUCGCCGCGUGCGUCGAGACUGCGUCACUGAUGUACGUCCAAGCUAGAGAGGCGGCAAAGACGCUCUUGAAGUCAACGGCGUUGCCGCCCACGCGUCUUCGCGUCGUCCGCACCGCCGAGCGCAUCGCCGCCAGAAACGCCGUAAGCCUCAAAGUCUUGCUCACGACGGACAUGGUGUGCGAGAUUGACGACAGCGACGAGUUCUUCGUCGCCGUUACCGCUCGCAAACCAACGGAAUAG